AAGCACGUCAAUACAGAGGAGGGGUGGCAAUCGACUCUUCCCACAGAAGAAAAACUGGGAAGCUUUGCAACUGCAACCCAGGACGUCUUGUUAAAGCAAGGACAAUAUGAAGAUGCUGGCUCUUCAGUUGGUUUUCAUUGGUGUAUACAUACAGGUACCCACAUGCUACCCAUCAUGUACUCUCUACAGGCUCUUGGCUGAUUGCAGCUCACAGCGCCACUAUUCGGUUCCUGCUCUGCCUCCCAACAUCACCCACCUUUACCUGGAGUUGAACUACAUCAGUGAGAUCAACAGCACCUCGGUCCGAGACUUCGAGCAGCUGCUACAAUUAGAUCUUGGAAACCAGCAUGUGCAACUCGUAAUAAGGAACAACGCUUUCCUCAGGCAGAAAAAGUUGACUCGGUUGGUCCUAGGCAACAAUAUUGGCCUUCAGCUGGAGCCAAGGGCAUUUGCAGGACUGUUCAAUUUACAACACCUCUAUUUGGAUCAUUGCAAUUUGAACAACUCCAUACUGGCAGAAAGCUAUCUGCAGCCGCUUUCGUCCCUAGAAACGCUUGAUCUCUCUGGUAACAAAAUAGUGAGACUCAAACCUGGACUGUUCUUUUUAAGUCUCAAAAAGUUCACACAGCUAAACCUCAAAUUGAAUCAGAUUGACAGAUUAUGUGAAGAAGAUCUUGUUAAUUUUAAGGGGAAGUACUUCACACUCCUGAACAUGCACUCCAACCACUUAAGCCACAUGUUUGAUGGAGAUCUUAACUGGGAAAGAUGCGGAAACCCUUUUAGAGGGAUGGCCUUUAAUACCCUUGAUUUAUCCCUCAGUGGGUUCAGUGUAAGCAGAUUAAGACAGUUUUUCAAAGCAAUAAAUGGGACUCAGAUUGCUCAUCUUAUAUUAUCUGGACACAUCGGUAAAGAUUUUUCACAUGACAAUUUACCCGAUCCAGACAAAAGCACAUUCGAAGGCCUCAUGAACAGUGCAGUUGAAAUUUUAGAUCUGUCUAAAAGCCGUAUAUUUGCUCUGCACGUGGCUGUUUUCAGCCCUCUAAAAAAUGCAAUAAUAAUUGAUAUUUCCCAAAACAAAAUCAAUAAGAUUAACAAAAAUGCUUUCAAUGGUCUUCAGGGACAUUUACGAAUGCUGAACCUGUCAUUCAACCUUCUUGGAGAAAUAAAUUCUUACACAUUUACCAGUCUGACAGACCUUAGGGUGUUGGAUUUGUCUUAUAACCACAUUGGUGUAUUGGGAUACAAAGCAUUCAGUGGUCUUCCCAAAUUACGAGCAUUAUAUCUGACAGGAAACUCACUGCGAGACCUGGGUUUCCCUGCAUCAUUGCCAAACUUAGAUUUUCUCCUUUUGGGUGACAAUAGGUUGAAAUCACUGAACAAUAUUGUCGACUUGGGCAUGAACAGUAUUCGUGUGGACAUUACAGACAACAGAUUAACAAACUUGGAGGAUGUUUAUGUCAUUUUUUCUCAUUUCAAGCGUCUCCAAAAUCUUUUCUAUGGCGGCAACUUCAUCAUGUGGUGCACUCUAAGUCCGAACGUUUCAAUACCUCGUAAUAACAGUUUGCAAGUUCUGGAUCUUCAUGGUAGUUCCCUGAACAUAAUCUGGGAAGAGGGGAAGUGCCUUGAUCUGUUUGAUCAUCUCGACAAUGUGCUUGUUCUGGAUUUAAGCUUCAACUUACUCAAGACUCUCCCUGAAGGGAUUUUCAGUGGCCUCAGCUCAAUCAUAGAGAUCGACCUCUCGUCUAAUAAAUUGACCUAUCUGCAGCAGGAUGUCUUUCCCGCCAGCCUGAGAAAAGUCGACCUCUCAAAAAACUUAUUGGCGUCUCCAGACCCUACAACUUUUCAGUCUCUUCUCUUUCUCAACCUUGUGGAAAAUCAGUUCCACUGCGAUUGCAAUCUCGAGAGUUUCCUGACGUGGCUGAACAUGACUAAUGUAACCUUCCUGACCCCAGUUGAGGAGUUCAGAUGUAAGUUUCCAGCCUCUCUCAACAACCUUACUUUGCUGCAUUACUCCAGGAUUGUCAAGCCAUGUCAGGAGGAUGACGAGAGAGCCGUCCAAAAUCUUAAGUUUGCUCUGUUCAUCUUCUCUGCCAUCCUCAUAAUCACCGUCAUCCUCAGUGGGAUUGUUUACACCCAUCUGCGUGGGCACAUAUUCAUCAUCUACAAAAAGAUCGUCAGCAGAGUUCUCGGGGGUCCAAAACCCCCGCCUCCUCAGGAGGAGGUGCAGUACGAUGCCUACCUCUGCUUUAGCAACAGUGACUACAGGUGGGUGGAGGCUGCAUUGCUGAAGAAGCUUGAUAACCAGUUUUCAGAUAAGAACAUCCUGCGCUGUUGUUUCGAGGCCAGAGAUUUCUUGCCAGGUGAGGAUCACCUUUCCAACAUCAGAGAUGCCAUCUGUGGCAGCAGGAAGACUGUGUGCAUCGUCUCCAAGGAGUUUCUUAAAGACGGCUGGUGCCUGGAAGCGCUAUCAUUGGCCCAGGGGUGGAUGCUGGAAAAGCUGACAAACGUCUUGAUUAUGCUGGUGGUAGGGAAGGUGGCUCACUACCAGCUGAUGAAAUACAACACAGUCAGAGCUUGCAUCCAAAGGAGAAAGUACCUCGUCUGGCCCGAGGACCCCCAGGACCUGGAGUGGUUUUAUGAGGAGCUUGUCUCACAGAUACUUAAAAAGACCAAGGUGAAAAAGCUUUCAGAGGACAAACCCGAGCCUGACAUCCAGCCUCACAAUCAGGACAGUGUCCAGCUUGAGAACAUCAGAGCAAUUGCAAUGUAAACUCUGACUGUAUUUUAAAGAAACAUGACUUUAACAAAGAUAACCUGCUGAUACCAAACAUCCAACCCACUGAAGUGUUACGAGCUACGGUCACAGCAAGUUCUCCCUUUUAAAAAAACACCUUUCUGAUUUAUCAGCUUUUCUUCAAGGAGAAAAGGCAAAAUAAGUGUUACUGUUCUAAUCUUCAAAAAAAAACGUAAAGGCAGAAAAAAAACAUCUUUGAUACUUGACAGCUAUAGAAUCAGAUGACGUACUGUAUGAUUUCAGCGAGUAAAACCUGCUGUUAGUCUGCACUGCUGAACAAUUCUGGGCUUGUUUCAGUGUGUUUAGGUGAGUUGUGGCACAGUUUUAAAUCUUUUUCUGUUUUGUUUUGUCAGUUUCAUCGUUUACAGCUCAACAUGAAUCAAUGAUAUGUACAAACAAAUGAUUGUUUAGUUUAAUUCAAUAAAUAAACUAUAAUGUUGAAUA